AUGAUUUUUUUAAAAAGCAACAAAGAAAAGAAUUUUUUACCUUCUUUUUUUGUCAAAACUCAGAAUAAAUUUUGUUUAGUACUUAACGAAUAUUUAAAUUCUAUUUUUUCUAUUGUUGUUGAUGAUGUUUCUCUGUAUGUUCACGAGGAAAGAACUGUCGAACUACCCAUAGAACUUGGAACACCAAUAAAAACAUAUAAAAUAUCUUUUGAGGAAAUUGUAUUAGAAAACUAUAGCUUUUUUAUGGCAUCUUCUGUUCAUUUGAAAAAUAAUGACUUUACUUUUUUAAUCUUUAAUGAAACAGAUGCAUUUCCCUUUGUUUUUGAUUAUAUAAAAAAUAAUUUUGAAAUAAUAUAUUUAGAAUAUGCUAAAUUUGACAAAAAAAAAUUUUUAGAUCAGCUUAUUGUUAAUAAACUUAUUUAA